UCAUCUUGCCGGAGUCUUCACUGUGAUUACAAUGCAUCUGAAAGUGAUGACUUGGAGAGAACAGAAUGCCCCAACUUAGGAAAAAACAAGUUAGAAUGAGAUUGAGUCUUUCCAGAAACUGUGAAGAAUAAAGGUCUUCUUUGGUAAAUGACUUAGGAGUCAGAAAAGGCUGGACGCUGACUGAGAUGUGCUGAAAACGGAGAAAGGGACGCGCGAGCUUUACGGUAACAGGUGGACCAGUUUAUCUCUUUUUAGCCUUUGUGUCAGUUUUUUAACAUCGUUUUAGCAGCUCUCUGCAGCUGUGGAGGAAUGUAAAAACAUGAGGUGCUCAGGUUUCAAUGUCCCGGAGGAAACACAGCAGAGAGAAAGACUUAAGAAGGAAGCUCAUGAAUUUUAAACAAAGUCACCAAACCUCCUCCAAAACUGCUCCAGAGUGAGGACAAGCUCCGAUGCAUGGACAUCAGGAUGUUUUCUGGUCAGGAUGGUCUGAAUUACAGCUUUAACCUGAGCGAUGACAUGGAGCUGGUGGACGAGCUGGAGAGCAGAGGGAGGCUCUCUCCCAACGGCUUUAUCGUGCUCUCCGUGGUGCUGGGCUUCAUCAUGACUUUUGGCUUCCUCAACAACUUCAUCGUACUGCUUUUGUUUUGCAAAUUCAAGAAGCUCCGGACGCCGGUGAACAUGAUGCUGCUGAACAUCAGCGUCAGUGACAUGCUGGUGUGUUUGUUCGGCACCACCCUCAGCUUCGCCUCCAGUAUCCGGGGGAGGUGGCUGCUGGGGCGCAACGGCUGCAGCUGGUACGGCUUCAUCAACUCCUGCUUUGGUAUUGUGUCGCUCAUCUCUCUGGUGAUCCUCUCCUACGACCGCUACAGCACUCUGACUGUUUACAACAAGCGUGGGCCAGACUACCGAAAGCCCCUGCUGGCCGUUGGUGGCUCCUGGUUGUACUCCUUGUUCUGGACGGUGCCCCCUCUGCUGGGAUGGAGCAGCUACGGCAUCGAGGGGGCGGGAACCAGCUGCUCCGUGUCCUGGACGGUCAAAACGGCCCAGUCGCAUGCUUACAUCAUCUGCCUCUUCAUUUUCUGCCUGGGUAUACCCAUCCUGGUGAUGAUCUACUGCUAUAGCAGGCUGUUAUGGGCAGUCAAACAGGUGGGUAAGAUUAGAAAAACUGCAGCGCGGAGGAGAGAGUACCACAUCCUGUUUAUGGUUCUGACCACAGCCGCCUGCUACAUGCUGUGCUGGAUGCCUUACGGCGUCGUGGCCAUGAUGGCAACAUUCGGGCCGCCAAACAUCAUCAGUCCUGUGGCCAGCGUGGUACCCUCACUCCUGGCCAAGAGCAGCACGGUCAUCAACCCUCUCAUCUACAUACUCAUGAAUAAACAGUUCUACAGGUGUUUCCUGAUUCUGUUUCACUGCAAUCGCUGGCCCGCGGAGCACGGCAACACCUCGAUGCCCUCAAAGACCACGGUGAUGCAGCUGAACCGCAGAGCCUAUAGCAACACGGUGGCCUGCACCCCCGAGGUCACAACCUGAAUAUUCUCAAUGUGACCAGACAGCAGACAGACUUGAUGAAACAGAAAUGACUAAGCUUGCCACAGUCGAGAUGUGAACUGCCAGGGAAUGUGAACUGAAGCAUGAUGCAUCGAGAAAGUAAAUGUACUUUUAUGUGUGAGUUUGUGUUUUCCUUGAGUUUUUGAUGUGUACAAACUACAAAAGUACUAAAUAUACUGAAGACAUGUCUAACAAACACUAUAUGGCCAAAGGUAAGCGACCACCUCAGCAUCAACACCUUUAGGAGAUUGGUGAGCAUCUCACUCCUAAACCGUGAUGAUUAGCUUGCUGCUACGACAGCCUCUUUUUUGGUCGGACACUGAUGUUUGUGAACUUGGCUCGCAGUUUAUGGGCUUCAAAUGUAUCCCAAAAAGUGUUUCAAAGGUUACCAUCAGGGUUAUCUGCAUCAAACUCUGAAAAACAAAGUCUUAAUUGGUCCUGCUUUGUAAGAACAGGCCUGAAUAUUCCCCAAAAAUACACGGUAUUGUAAACAAAAGGAUUUGGAUUUCCCAAAAGAAGUUUUGCACAAAAAAUGUAAAGUACACAUUUGUGGACGUCUACUUUAGGCCAUAUAGAGUGUUAACCCUUGUUUUUUAUGUCUAUAUGUACUUUAAAUAUUCAUUGUUUUAUCAAAUCCAAAUUGUUGAUAUUAAAAAGUCUGAAUGACCAUUAUUUGUAUGAACCCUACCUGUCACUGUUAUCAUCCAAGCACAUUUUCUCCUAAUCACACUGGAAUCAGGAAAACUGGAAAUUCCUCUCUAAACGCAGGAGCACAAUAACAUCGGGGACAAAAUCAUUUUAGAACAAUAGUCUUAGAAUUAAAAACGUAACCGUCAGAGAAAUCUAAAUAAAUUCCAGAAUGUAUUCUGUUUUCUUCUGCCCUCAGCCAUGUUUCCGUUCCGUUAAGUCCGUUAGUCAUUGUGCCGACUAGAGUUGUCCUUCUUCAGUGUCCUAAGUGGAUUGAUGUAUUCAUCAUUAAGCAUCCAUCUUUUCCUCCUCUUAACUCCAGCUUUUUUCCAACAAGAUCCUAUACUUAAAUUUCAACCUGUAAAUACGUAUGAUUUAUAUCUGCAUGGUAGGCAUUGUUUUUUAUUUCUGCUAUAGGGGUUCCUCUUUUGGUGUAGUUGUAUGUGUUAUGGCAUGAUUUUGUUGCAUGCUACUUUGUACAUGGAAAAUUCUGAACUGAUGACACAUCGUGCAAACUGUUAUUUACACCUGUAUUAAGACACAGGACUGACAGCUUAGGUCACACCUGUGGUCUCACUGACUGAGUAAAGGGUUUGACAGAGAGAGUGGAGGUUACAAUCAUUGAGCUUUUGUACCUUAAUGUUCAAAAAGCUCUUUAUUUUUCUCAUACUGCCUGUGCUGCAGCACCUCUUUUCCCCCUUUGUCUAAAACCAGAGCCUAGUCUGCUCUGAUUGGUUAGCUGGCCGGCUCUGUUGUGAUUGGUCAACCGCUUAGAGAUGUCCCGCCCCUUAGCCUAUCAUGUCACCAAUCAUCACCAAGAUGUGUUGGAGCCAAUAAAAGUGUGAGUGUUACAUAGGGUUGUCACUAUCUAAAAACAUAAUAGAGCCUCUUUAAAAGGGAGGGGAGCACGAAGAUCGGGAUAUGGGAUGCCAAAUGGCUCCUAUGUCACCUGCUUAUAGUUUCUCACAUCAGGAGGGGCCAGGCUGAGAUACAGUAGGACCAGUAAGUGUCAAGGUUUGCCAAAACGGCACCAUAAGCUGUGAUGUAAUGCAGGCUGACGUUUUGAUUGCAGGACGCAAUGUCAGGGAAGUAGGGUACACAAACUGCUAUAAUGGCCCUGAGUGAAACAGAUACCAGGCACAUUUGAUACAGAACAUUUGAUUUAAGCCCAUCUAGAAGCAGAUCUGAUUUGUUUGGAUGGUGACCCUCAGGGACUGUAAGGGACAGAAAGUCAUUCUAUUGUAUUUUAUUGUUUUAAUUAUUUUAUUAAAUAUUUCUGUCAAAGAAAAAACAUUGUGCUGCUUUACUUUGAAAAAAAAGAAGCUGGAGUUUCUUGUGAAAAUCGUAUGAAAACAAAACAAAAAAACUUUGAGCAAAAUGCAAUUUUCUAAUCGUGACAUGUUAAGCUCUGAUGUGCAACAUUGCUGUCAAUGGACUCUCAAUAUCAACAGCUUCAACGUGCCACAGCUGUCUGUCUUCUCUGUGAUGCUCAUAGCAACUGUUUACAUGGUUAACACUCUGACAACAAUUAAUUGAUAACAUGACAGUGUUUAUAAAACUGUGUACAACUUUGACUUUAUUUGUCUGGUGUUCAUCGUGAAAAGUCUGCAUUAUUCACUUAUUACAGAAGAUAAGCAAGAUUUAUUUUUUAUAAGAAAAAGUAGCGUAUUGUCAUUGAACGCACAUUUGUAUGAAUGUGAUAAAAACCUACAUUUAAAAUGUGACACCUCAGUCAGAUGUUUUUUUGGGGUAGAUUUCUGUUGAAAGACUUUAAAUGCCAUCAUGGCAUCUGUGCUGACAGAUUGCAGUGUCUCUCCGUCCUCAGUAAUGAUAACCAUAAUGACUGCAUUACUUCAAAAUGACACAACAAUUAUAAAUCAAUCUCUAUUCAACACAUAGCCAUGGCAGCAAGGUGGGCAAAAAUCGAUUGCCUACUUAUACAUGUCCUUUGCUGAAAAGUCUCUGAAAAUAAAUCUAGCAAUGAAGGAUGAUGCACUUAGUUUCUGUCGCUUUGUACAAAAGUUUCUGCCAAAUGAGUGUGAAAGACUGUUUCGAAUAAAGACUUCAUUUGUGACUCAGUGAUUGGUGACAUAGAAAUCAGAGUAAUUGAGAUGGUGUCAAUUUCCAUACAAAGACAGACUCAAAAAGUCAACAAGCGUGAUGGAUUUUGUUGUCUGUUUUACUUCAGGCCCCCUAACUGCUGCGUAGAAAACAGAAUCAUCUGCAGUGAGUCCAGCUUUAAACAUAAAAACAAAAGAAGAAACAAAAAGAUCCUAACAAGGAACAUGUUGGCAUUUCAGUUUCAGUAAUAAAAGGAUUUAAAUUUCAAUUGGACUUUUUCGAUGUUAAGCCCUGCUGCCUCUCACUCAAGCCAUCUAAUCAUUGACUGCCUGCAAUCAGGGACAACCAAACAGCCACGCUGUGGGCGGCCAACAGAAGCUCUGCUGCCAGGCGCUCAUAAAACGGCACAUGUUGUUGAUUCAGUCCCUACAGAUUAAAGUGUGACCCGUGUCUCCUCUGUGGUUAAGCUGUGUGAAAUCAGCUUGUGUUGUCAAUUGUUGUUUGAUAGUUCUGUGUGUUCUGUUUUGAGGCGUUCAUCACUUAUGUUUUGCCUGAAAGACUCAUGAGCUGUAGAUUCUGAUGACCU